UUUUGAUUGCAGCACGUCGAUUUUUUAUGGUUCACAUUUUUCGUUUUAAUAACCAAAAUAUAUAUAAAAAAAAUUGUUUCAAAUCAAAAUGUUUUCACAAUCAUUGAAACGGGCGGUGCAAUCACUCAAUUUCGCGAGCAAGCGAACAGCAAUUCGUUCAGUUAGUACCGUUUCCGCAGAAUUCGUCAAUGUCAGCGUGUCAGGAAAAGUGAAAGACAUUCAACAAUAUGACGAAAAAUCAUUAACCAUUUACCUGAGUUCCGUUCGUUUUGGAAAAUAUAGUCAAACCCACAAAAUCCUGGUGCCGACAAAAUAUGAAAAUUUAUAUAAAAAGCUUAAAUCGAAUUUGACAUCGGAUCACAAUCUCUAUGUUGAUGGUGUACUGAAAACAAAACAAUUUGAGAAUGAUGAGAAUCAAGUAAGGAGUACAUCUGUAGUUAUUGCCACUGAUGUGCGCAUAUAUAAUGAAGCUAUCACGUCAGACAAUUCCACCAAUAAAUCCGAAGACGCAGCGAAGAGGUUUGAUGUGAAUUCAGUUGAAGCAUUCGGCGAAAUCGUCACGAGCAUUCAAGGCGACGAUCACAGGCGUUUCAUCUUGAAAAGUUCGCACAAAAAGAAUGAUAAAUCUACCAAUCAAAUUUUUAUUUACGACAGAGCUUUAUUUCCGGUAAUCGAAAAUAUGAAUUUCAAAAAAGAACAAAUUCUGUUGCGAGGCAGUGUUGAAUAUCGCAUUGAAAAAGACAUGAAUGGCAAACAUGUUCCAGGAUCUUAUAUUAAAGUUGAUCAAAUAUACAGAAUAUCCAUUGUAUGAAUAUAAUAAUACGCAUAAAUAAUGUUAGUUGAGAUUCAAA